AUAAUAUUUUCAAUUACCAAAAGUACAUCGUUUUAUUAUGGUGUUCAAGUGAUUUUAAUGGACUAUUAUACGAUUCAAUCAUUACAUAGGCGUGGUUGUGUUCAAUUAAUGAUGUUAUUGAACGACGGUCGUCAAUAGUAUAAUAGUUAAAUGUAUGCGCGUAGGAAAUGUACUUAUAGCGAUUGUGUAAAGUAAAUUGAGCCAUUGUGAUGGCAGAGUGUCCUAUAGCCCAGAUCAAUGAAGACGACGAGGACACCCAAGAUAGAGUCAGGAUUGAUCUGCAAGGGAACUUGAAUAAGUGGACCAACUUCUUACACGGCUGGCAAAAGCGUUAUUUCGUAUUGAAAAACGGCACCUUGUUAUACUUUAAAUCGCAAUCGGAAACCGAGUGUGGAUGUCGCGGUGCGAUAAGUCUAUUGAAAGCAACUGUCAAGGUGCACGAAGUAGACGAUUGCCGUUUUGAUGUGUCGCUAAAUGAUUGUGCUUGGUAUUUACGAGCUGACACAUCAGCAAUAAAAAAUCAUUGGAUCGAUGUUAUAGAUUCACUUAAAGCCGAAUCUGGGUACGGGAGUGAAAAUAAUCUAAAGCGCAAUGGCAGUUCACUUUCUAUAUUAUCUAGUAAUAUGUCAAACAUGUCACCAGUGUUCAAGAAAAAUAAGGGUUUGCAAGAUAAACUCAAUGAACUUGUAGCAUUUAGAGGUAUUUUAAUCAACCAGAUUGAUCGACUUCAAAUGUAUUUUGAUACAUGUUUAGCAGAAUUCGCCUCUUCAAAUGAAGGUUUAUCAAAAAAUGAAUCCUAUCAAAAAUAUACAUGUGAAGCUUUAGAUUUUAAAGGUGAAGCAGUAGCAUUUAAGGCAACAUCAUCUGGAAUCUUAGAGAUUUUAAAACAUUGUAUUGAAGUUAUGAAUCAAAGAGAGACAGCAUGGGAAUCUAUGUUGGAGAAAGAAAUAAACAACCGGAAAGAUUUAGAGGAAGUAGUGCGAACAUUAUCUCUAGUCGAUGGGCUUACCGAUCAGGAAAGAGCCCAAGUACUUGCUGGAGCUGAUUUAACUGAACAUUCUAAUUUGGCUGAAGAUGAAUUUUAUGACGCUGUUGAAUCAUCCAAUGAUAACUCUUCUGAGGAUGCCAAACAAAGAAAAGAUCAAUUACUACAGUGUACUAAAAAUAAUGUUCAAACAACUCAGACCAAUUGGGGUGAACUGAUUAGAGCUGCUGCCACAAGUGCUUCUUUGAAACAUACAUAUUGGCCAGAAAUUGAGCGAGUAGUUGCUGAACAAAUUAGAUCAGCUCGCAUGGGUCUUGGCAAAGGAGCUUGGCAACUAUUUGUCGAAGAUGGAGAAAUGAAGAUGUACCGAAGAGAAGUUGAAGAAGAUGGAUUAGUUGUUGAUCCUCUGAAAGCAACUCAUCAAGUGAAAGGAAUCACAGGCCGAGAAUUGUGUCAUUACUUUUUUUAUCCUGAAUAUAGAUAUGAUUGGGAAGGUACACUAGAAACAAUGAAUGUUGUUGAUAAAAUUGCCGAAGACACAAUAUUAUUCCAUCAGAUACAUAAACGUAUUUGGCCAGCAGCACAACGUGAUGCUACAUUUUGGUCACAUCUUACACAUGUUCCUGAUGAAGAGAAUAAGUCUGAAGACAGCCCUCAUAUAUGGGCUACUGUCAACAGUUCAGUAGAAUUACCAUCACAUCCUCCCAAUGGAGGUAAACAAGUUCGUAUAUAUUUGACUAUUAUUCUUAUGGGUCAAACAAUCAUAUCUCCCGCAGCAAAAGGUCGUGAGAUAAAACGAGAUGAUAUUACAUGUAAAAUUACCUAUUGUGCUGUUGUGAAUCCAGGCGGUUGGGCACCAUCUUCUGUUCUCAGGGCUGUGUACAAACGAGAGUAUCCAAAAUUCUUGAAACGUUUCACUGCUUAUGUGUUAGAAAAAACAAAAAACUUGCCGAUAAAACUUUGAAAUGACAUAAUCAUCAUAUCAUUAAACUUUUUCAAAUUGGUUAAAUUCUUUAUUUAUUUAUUUAUUGUUUUAUUACUAGUAAUGUUUUUCUAUUCUUGCCUUCACUGUUUUGUGUGGUAUAUUUGUAUACAUAAUAUUUUUAUGCUGUAUAUAAUAUGUUAAAGAUGAAUCCGGGUUCAUAAUAUAAACUAUUAUUUUAUUAAUGAAUUAUUGUAAGCAUAUUAUGCUGUGGCUUCUACAUCAUACCAAAAACCACACAAACUAUUUAGUUUAUUUGAAUUUUAAGUUUUGAAAAUACAAUUAUCAUUGUAAUCUGUUUUUACUACUUACUUGAUGUAAUAUUAAUAUAAAUUUAAAAACAAUUUUUAUUUUUAUUUAUAUAAUUAUAAACGGUGUUCCGUUAUUUGUUAAAGAUGAACCCGGGAUCCAUUAUAAACUAUUAUUUUAUUAAUGAAUUAUUGUACGCAUAUGAUGUGGCUUCCACAUUAUACUAAAAUCCAUACAAAUUAUUUAGUUUAUUUGAAUUUUAAGUUUUGAAAAUACAAUUUUCAUUGUAA